GCUUCUUUUGCCACCUUUUUCUCCUCCAAUUAUCUACUCUUCUCUCAAACAAGUGUGCUCUCAGAGACAAUCGGCGACGAAGACAGAGAGAAAGAGAGAGAGAGAGAGAGAGAGAGAGAGGAUGGCUACCACUUCCGAUCAAGAUCGCCACCACCACCGAUCGACUCGCAACCGUCAACAGCUUCCACCUCUUCCUAGACCUUCUACUUCUUCUCGACCCGUGGUGCCUCGAUCGAAAGUCUCGAAGCGUGUGCUUCUCCGUGUAGCUUCCGUCGCGUGCGGGAUUCAAUUCGGCUGGGCGCUUCAGCUCUCGCUGCUCACUCCUUACGUGCAGGAGCUUGGGAUUCCACACGCUUGGGCUAGUGUGAUUUGGCUCUGUGGUCCGCUCUCUGGUCUGUUCGUGCAACCGCUGGUUGGCCACAGCAGCGAUAGGUGCACUAGUAAGUAUGGUCGCCGGAGACCUUAUAUCGUCGUCGGAGCUGUGGCGAUCUGUAUCUCCGUUCUGGUUAUCGGCAACGCGGCGGAUAUCGGUUGGGCAUUUGGGGAUAGGGAAGGGAAAUUAAAGCCGAGGGCGAUUGUAGCUUUCGUGUUGGGGUUUUGGAUCCUUGAUUUGGCUAAUAACGUCACUCAGGGUCCUUGUAGAGCUCUCCUCGCCGAUCUUACUGAGAAUGAUAAUCGCAGAACCCGGGUAGCAAAUGGCUACUUUUCUCUCUUUAUGGCCAUUGGCAAUAUUCUUGGCUAUGCUACUGGAUCAUACAAUGGAUGGUACAAGGUCUUCCCUUUUACGAAGACUGUUGCAUGCAAUGUGGAAUGUGCCAAUCUCAAGUCUGCAUUCUACAUAGACGUAGUCUUUAUUGCAAUAACGACGGUAUUAAGUGUUUCAGCGGCUCACGAAGUUCCUCUUGCUUCAUUGGCUUCUGAAGCACAUGGGCAAUCGAGUGGACCAGAUGAAGCUUUUCUUACUGAAAUACUUGGGACUUUCAAAUAUUUUCCAGGAAGUGUUUGGGUAAUCUUGCUUGUUACAGCAUUGACAUGGAUUGGUUGGUUUCCAUUUAUUCUGUUUGAUACUGAUUGGAUGGGUCGAGAGAUCUACGGUGGUGAACCAAACGAGGGUGCUUCUUACAGUGCCGGGGUCAGUAUGGGUGCACUUGGUUUGAUGUUGAAUUCUGUUUUUCUUGGAAUCACUUCGGUGCUCAUGGAGAAACUUUGCAGAAGGUGGGGUGCUGGUUUUGUUUGGGGAGUAUCAAACAUCUUGAUGGCUCUUUGCUUUCUUGCAAUGGUUGCCACCUCAUUUGUUGCGUAUCACAUUGGCUACAUUGGCCAUGGGCAACCACCUGCGAGCAUCGUAUUUGCUGCUGUAUUAAUCUUUACAAUUCUGGGCAUUCCAUUGGCAAUAACUUACAGCGUCCCAUAUGCAUUGAUUUCCAUACGUAUUGAGUCCUUGGGCCUAGGUCAAGGUUUAUCUUUGGGUGUGCUGAACUUGGCGAUAGUCAUCCCACAGGUGAUUGUGUCUGUUGGAAGUGGCCCAUGGGACCAACUAUUUGGAGGUGGGAAUUCACCGGCACUUGCAGUUGGAGCAGCUGCAGGUUUCAUUGGCGGAAUUGUAGCCAUCGUGGCUAUUCCGCGAACAAGGAUUCAAAAGCCCAUCCCUCUCCCAUAAUACCCUCUCUUUUGUUAUAAGAUGAGUUUAAGCAAGUGACGCUUUAAGGGAGUGUUAAGGCAUGGUGGAAAAAUGGCAAGGAGAUGCACCACUUAACUGUGAAUUCAUGCAAUGGCUUCUCGUGUGACUAACUUAUUUGCAGCUUCUAGGGCCUAAUCCCCUCUACUUUGGGACUAUGAUCCUUGUGUCCACGAGGAGACAUAGAAGUUUACCAACGAAAUAAUAACACCAUCCAUUCAGUUUGUGAGGUAUAUGUAUCUCUCCUUUGUUGGAAGCCCCCAAUUUUCGGGUUCUUCUCUGUUUCUUUGUUGUUUGGCUAAGCUUUUACCAGCAGCUUACCACAGUACUUGUAAAUUACAGUAAUAACCUGCCUGUCUGCAAAGGAGAGUUUGUAACGCGGUCCCUGAAUCUCAUUUUCUGAAACUGUUAUAAAGAUCCAUGUUCUUUAAAA